AUGCUGACGUCUUGCUCCGCGCUCCAGCUCCUCGACGUCAACGAGACCAGACCCUGUUCUGUUCAAACUCCAGGCUGCCUCCACACAGCCGACCCCAAAACCGUCCUCUCUCACGGCCAGAUUGAUCUGAGCAUGGAAGUUGAGGAGUCGCCGUGGGCCGACUCGGGCCACAACUCGCAGGAGACAACGUCCCAAGCCGACCCCACGAUCUCUCCACCUGCUGCUGCUGCUGCUGCAUCACAAGCAUCACAAGUAACCUCUCCCACGCCGCGCCCCUCCCGCGGCCCUCGUCGUCUCGUCGCUCAGCCAACACGCCUUGAAGCGGUCGAGGACCCUCUGGGCCCUUUGAGCGCGUCUGCCGACGAUAAUGGCGGCGUUUCAGAUGCACCGCCCGUACCGCCGCAAAAGGAACAGAUGGUCAUCCGAACCAUGAUGCCGCAGAAGCAGCAACCUCGACGACCAACCGACCCUCGCCAUGUCGAUGAUGAGGAUGAUGAUGAUGAUGAUGAUGACUUCAAGACACCUAGCGGUCCUCGUGCCCCGCCGCCUGUUGAUGCCCCACGACUGAGCAGUGUGCGAAGCAAGACGCAGCCGAGCGUCAGUGUAGAACAGGCUGCCAAGCCUAGUUUCCACAUCACGGUGGGCGACCCAGUCAAGAUUGGGGACUUGACGAGCUCGCACAUAGUCUAUUCUGUGAGAACAAGGACCACUUCUCGAGCGUAUAAGCAGCCCGAAUUCGAGGUCAAGCGACGCUAUCGGGAUUUUCUUUGGUUGUAUACUACUCUCCAUGCAAACAAUCCCGGGUGCAUUGUUCCUCCCCCUCCAGAAAAACAAGCAGUCGGCCGCUUCGACAGCAACUUUAUCGAGAGUCGACGAACUGCGUUGGAAAAGAUGCUGAACAAGACGGCUUCCCACCCUACUCUUCAGCAUGAUGGCGAUUUGAAGCUCUUCCUCGAAAGUGAAGCCUUCAACGCCGAUAUCAAGCACAGAGAGCACAAGGAACCUCUCCCCAGCGAAAGCAAGGGCGUGUUCGGGUCACUAGGUCUCAGUGUCGGGCGAGGAGACAAGUUCGUCGAGCAGGACGACUGGUUUCAUGACCGCAAAGUGUACCUCGACGCUUUGGAGAAUCAGCUCAAGGGCCUUCUCAAAGCCAUGGAAACAAUGGUCGGCCAGCGCAAGAUGAUGGCGGAGGCGGCGGGGGAUUUCUCUGCAUCCUUGCACGCUCUAUCCACCGUUGAACUCUCGCCCUCCCUGUCCGGCCCGCUGGACGCGCUGUCGGAGCUGCAGCUCACGAUUAGAGACGUGUACGAUCGACAGGCCCAGCAGGACGUCCUGACAUUUGGCAUCAUUAUUGAAGAAUACAUUCGUCUAAUUGGAUCCAUCAAGCAAGCUUUCGGCCAGCGCCAGAAGGCGUUUUAUGCGUGGCAUGCGGCCGAGUCUGAGCUGCAGAAAAAGAAGAGCACGCAGGAUAAGCUUCUCCGGCAAGGCAGAAGCCAGCAAGACCGCCUUAACCAGAUGGAUGCCGAAGUUGGCGAGGCAGAGAAGAAGGUGCAUCAGGCUAGACUCCUGUUUGAGGAUAUGGGCCGGCUGAUGAGGGCUGAAAUCGAUCGAUUCGAAAAGGAAAAGGUGGAAGACUUUAAGAGCGGGGUGGAGACUUUCCUCGAGAGCGCAGUUGAGGCGCAAAAGGAGCUCAUUGAAAAGUGGGAGACGUUCUUGAUGCAACUGGAUGCCGAAGAUGACGAAUCAGCGUUUUACCGACCGCCAGUAUUUCAGCAGCAAUCCAAGCCGCCGGGCAACACUGCGAUUGACCGAGCCAGGGCGAGAAUGGACGAGGAUUCGGACUAG